AUGCGAAUCACGGCGAAACGGUUAUUUCGGAAUUCUCCACUCGCCACGUUCGAUCGGAAUGGCAAAAUGCUAAUCCACCUGCUGAUCGUCGUUUCGCUCCUGGAAGCCAUUGGCGCCUUUCAGCCGGAGUUCGUGGAAAGCAUUUCCAACGUGUCCGUGGCCGUCGGACGCGAUGCAACCUUCACGUGUCACGUGAGACGUUUGGGCGGCUAUCGGGUGGGCUGGCUCAAGGCCGACACCAAGGCCAUCCAGGCCAUUCACGAGAACGUGAUCACGCACAAUCCCCGUGUCACGGUCAGUCACUUGGACCAGAACACGUGGAAUCUGCACAUCAAAGCGGUUUCCGAGGAAGAUCGCGGCGGUUACAUGUGCCAACUGAACACGGAUCCCAUGAAGAGCCAGAUUGGCUUCCUGGACGUCGUGAUUCCGCCGGACUUCAUCAGCGAGGACACCUCCUCGGAUGUGAUUGUGCCGGAGGGCAGUUCCGUGCGACUGACAUGUCGGGCCCGUGGCUAUCCGGAGCCGAUUGUCACCUGGCGACGAGAGGACGGCAACGAGAUUGUCCUGAAGGACAAUGUGGGCACCAAGACCCUGGCCCCCUCGUUUCGCGGCGAGGUGCUGAAGCUGUCAAAGAUCUCGAGGAACGAGAUGGGCUCCUAUCUGUGCAUCGCCUCCAAUGGAGUGCCCCCAUCGGUUUCAAAGCGCAUCUCCCUCAGCAUACACUUUCAUCCGGUCAUCCAAGUGCCGAAUCAAUUAGUCGGCGCACCACUUGGCACUGAUGUCCAAAUCGAGUGUCACGUCGAGGCCUCGCCCAAAUCAAUUAACUACUGGAUUAAGGACACGGGAGAGAUGAUUGUGACAUCGGGCAAGUACCAUGUCCAGGAGAGUUCGCAGUCCAUGUACGAGACCAAAAUGUCAAUGAUAGUCAGGAAGUUCCAGAAGGACGAUGUCGGAUCCUAUCGCUGCAUAGCCAAAAACUCACUGGGCGAAGUCGACAGCAGUAUCCGUUUAUACGAAAUCCCCGGACCGAAUCGUAAUAAAAAUCCGCUGAACGGCAGCGGAAAAGGCGGCGGCGGAGGGGCGGGCGGAAGCCUGGAUGCGGAUGCCAAUGACAUUUUGAAGCAGAAACAACAAGUCAAAGUCACCUACCAGCCGGAGGACGAGGAGCUGCAGUACGGAUCCGCCGAGGAUUUCGAGGCGGAGGGCGGCGAGGGCGGGCUGACACCCUUAUCGCCGCACGUUUACUACACCAGCGGCAAUAAACCGGCCACACAUAAGCCGGGCAACUCCGGCGGCAAUCAGCAUCAGCAUCAACAUCAGCAGCACCACCAUCACCACCACCACCAGCAGCACGGCGGGGCGGGUGGUGGUGGCCCGGGUCAGCCAGGUGGCGGUGGGUCGGGGUCACCAGGUGGUGGCGAAAUGGGCGGCAUCACCCGCAAACCACCGCCAUAUUACGGCGGCAAUACGGAAGUGCGCGGCCCCAUCGACAACAACGAAAUGAGCUCCGGCUCCGGCGAUUCGCGACCACUGCGUCGGGGUCACCAUCUGCCCCAGCUCCUCCUCUCCCUCUCCCUCCCCCUCUCCAUCCUGCUCUCCCUGCCCAGGAGCUGGCACUGUCGACAGCCGUUCUUAAUGGGCCUGUCGACCCUGUCCGGCCUUUUGCUCAGCCUUUUAUAAUACGCAGUCUAAUGGACUCACCAGCACAUUCAGCAGCAGACUCAACAACACACGCAUGCAACGAAGGAAAAAUGGGUCUGAAUGGGCCCACAAUAAGACAUUCAUCGAGCACACCUACUCUAAACCAAAGUGUGUAAUACUCAGUCUAAUGAUAUCCACAAUACUUUCACCAACCCAGAAAGACAAAUGUUGGAGUACUUCAACAGUGAAAAACAACUCACGUAUUGAGGUUUGUAAUUUUUUGUCCAAGGGACACUGCAAAUCUUCAACAACACUUUCACUAGCAGUCUGCAAAACACAAUCUCCCAGUCAAAGAGAAAAGUCCAAGGGACUAAGUAUUCAUCAAAGAUUCAACAACAUUUUCUCCAAACACUCAACAACACUUUCACCAACAGUCUCUCAAUCAGACAGCGCAAAUGAUUUAGUGUGUAAAAGUCCAAGGGACUAAACAGUCGCCAAACAUUCAACAACAAUUUCACCUUAUACUCAACAACACUUUCACCAACAAAUGUUUCAGUGUGUCGAACCUCCAACGGACUGAGCAUUCACCAAAAACUCAAAAACACUUUCACCAAUGGUCUCUAAAACACGUACUCUCAACCAUUAAGAGAACCAAACAUAAAACACACAUGUUGUAGUAGCAAAUGUUAAAUUGUUUAUAACAUAAAAGAAAAACAGGAAUGGUGUUCGGAGGCAUCCAUAAAUAGAGAAUGUAUUUAACGCAAGAAUUUCUAGUGUUACCGAAACAUUUUUUAAGGGGGUUGCGUAGUUAAGUAAUCAAAGCUAGCCAAAGAUUAAGCGGUACCCAAAAGCAUUUACAGUGUAUCGAGCACUGAGAUUUUUUUUCAUAGCAUAAGAUAACUCUGAUUCCAUCGAAGGAAAGCACUUGAUAUUUUUUCUUGCUUUCAAUUCUACAACUUCCGCUCUAUUUGUUAUUAAUCAACCCUUUCGGCAGCCAACUUUUUGUUGAUUUUCUCAUUUAAAUUUUGGCGGCUGACACACCUUUUUUUUUUACCAAUUUCCCAAACCGAUUUACAAAACUUUCGAAAGGUCAAUUAAUAUGGAAAAGUAACACAAAAACAAAGGAAAACUUUUUUGAUUUGUAGGAAAAAAAUGAUUUCUUUUACUUUUGGUUUGUUAUUUGUUAAUUUGGGCUACUUUUGACUGACUUUUGUUCAUUUGUUCAACUUUGAUUGACACUUGUAAGGUUUUGGAAGAGGGUGGGACUUUAUAAUAAAUAGACUUUGAGACCUUUUUUAAUUUAUUUUGUUGUGAGGAGAUUUGUUAAUUGUGUUGCUGCUGUGCCUUUAAAUGUAAUUAAAUUUCUUAUUUUUAUGCAAAUGAUUUGCACACAAGCUGCUAUGCCUUUUAACCCCUAUCCCUGUCAUAUGCUGCCUUUAACCCCUGUUUUACCAACUAUUUCUUGGUGAAUGCCAAAACUUUUGGUUUCUUGUUGUCUUAUUUUUGAAGUCCUUGCAGCGGAGUGCUUUUUUUUUGUUUUAUUAUAUUUUUUUGUGGCAACGUCUUGUGGGUGUGUUUUUUUUUUGUUUUCUGCAAAUGUGUGUAUGGCAGCUGUGGGGCACAAGUUGUGGACACAGAAAACUCUCGGCUCCCAUCUGCGUUGCAUUUGCUUUUGAUGAAUUACUUGCAUGUCAGUUAACCACACACACACACACACACAUAUCGCACACCCACACAGCCACGUUUUUAAUGAAAUGAAAACUUUUUGGCAAAGUGAAUUUCAUUGUAAGCAGCCCCCGAACCUUCAAACCCCAAACAAUCCUCUGCCAAAACUUAAAACUAAAGUGAAAUAAAAAAAAACGACGAAGACAGCUACAAAUAUACAAAACCGCCAAAAACUGCCACUGAUGAUGAUAAUAAGACGCUGACAACCGCAGCAACAGCAACAUGAACACAGCAGCAACAUCAGCGGCAGCAACAGCAACAGCAGCAACCCCAAGAAACAUGUCACCAGCAGGGGCUUUAGUGGGUUAACAGAGGGGGUCAAAGGGGGCCAAGAGGAGGGCCAAAAUGUGGGGGAGCUUUAGCCACGUUGACACAAGUGUUUCAAAUUACACAGGCCCCCAAGAAAAGGAAGCCAAGCAGCAACGUACAACAUCGAGAACUAGUCAACCGGCAGCAACACUUUUCCUGAUGUUGCAAGUUGCUGCUGUGCAAGUUGAUGUUGCUGCAGUUGCUGCAGUUGCUGCCGCCAUUGUCCAUUGAUGAUGUCUUUGCUGCUCGUGUUAAUGUUGAUGUUGCUUGUUUGUCAGUCACCCCAUGUUGCCACAGGAAAGCUCUGCUAAGCGUUUGCAUUUUCUUUUAGUAUUUAAAAUAUGGUUGCCUUGAAAAGUCUUGGGUUUUACUGAUUUGCUUUGCCUUAAAUAUAUUAAAACAUUUUAUACAGUCUUUUAAAAGUAAAAAUAUUUAUACUUUAAAGAUUCAUGCUUCAUAUGAAUGAUAUUAAUUUAUUUAAAACUGAUUUGGUCAUUUUAAAAAUAUUAUAAUGUAUUAAACGAGGUCGUAUAUUUUCUCUAAUUAAAUAUUUCUAAAUUCCCAGUACAAUUCGGUGGGAUUAUUUCUAUUACCAUUGCAUUUUGUGCCAAUUCAGCUAAUUCAAAGGGUGAUGCUGCUGCGGGGAUGUUGCUGCUGCCACUGAAGUUGCUGCUGCUCACAUCACUUGCAUUGUUGCUGUUGCAGUAGCUUCUUUUGUUGUUAUCCUUGCCACACACAUUUGCCGCCUUUAAAAUAGCGCUUCCUUUGUUGUCCUUUGUUGUAUUGCGUAAAUAGCACAACAAAUAUAAAUACACAGCAGCAAUAUUGCCAGACAAACAUGCACAAAAGGACAAUCACACAGGGAGAAACGUUGUAUAGUUGUAAUUAAUUAAAGUUUGUGUAUAUUAAAUUCUUAAUUUCAACUAACCAUAUAUAUUAUAUUUUUCAUUAAAAUUUUGUAUAGUUCGUAUGAGCUUUUAUGUGUUUUUACAAAGUAGAUUACUUUUAUUAUCUGUUUUUAAAUAUAAAUAUUAAAAUGCUUUUACUUAAACUGAUAUUAAAUAUUUCUGCUUAUUUCUUCCUUAACUUCUUCGUUUUAAAUAUAUCAUUUUAAGCAUUUUUUUUGCCAGUGUACAUGUGCAUUUUGCUGCUUAUGAUUGUUAUGGAGCCGCAGUUUGAGUUGUUUUUUGGGGCUUUCCGCGACACUUGUAAUCAAGUUUUCCCGCGCACAAUGGUGUGCGUGUGUGUGCGUGAGUCUUGCCAUCUCUGUCUCGCCAAGUGUUGCCUACUUUUGUGGGCGGGGGAAAAGCGACGCGUUGAGUGGGCGUGACGGAGGAAGCGCUUAAUUGCUCUAUUUGAUGCCGUCAAAUUGUAUUUUAAUUUCGCAUUUCCCUUUUUAUCAUUCCUGGCUGUGACUGCUGUCUUUAAAUUUCCUUUGUUUUGGCGAACGAAAAGGAAAAGUCAAGCGAAAUUGGUUUUAAAAAGUGAGGAUGCUGAAACAUAAAAAUCACUAGUCUUUAAAUGGUUGAAACGAUAGCUUUAAAUAAUACUCAACGUGUUUAUAAACUACAAUAUUGAUUUUCAUUUCUCAGAUUCUAUAAUAAUCCAAUUUAAAUGUCUUUCAUAUUUUUCUUGUCACUUUUUCUAUACAUUUCAUUCAGUUUAAGUUUUUAAUUUAAUAGUCGUAUCCUAAAUACUUUCCCGUAAGGACAUUUCCUGGUCAUCCUUAUCCUGAGUUAUAUCCUGGCUCUCCUUCAUCUUCGUCAUAUUUUUGGGGCCAUUCUCUUGGCGUUCUUUUUUUUCGAACCGCCUUUGUUUUACUGCGGCUUAUUGUGUUAUGCAGUGUGGCGAACUUGUAUCUAUUUAAAUUUUGUGUGUGGCAACAUGUUUAUUUUAUAACCCCAAGGCAAGAGGAAAAUGCAGGGGGAGUUUUGGGAGUUUGCUUCAUGUUUGACGGAAGUUUAAUUGAAUACACCGCUUACUUGACGGUGGGCGGAGGCGGGGGCGUGGCUGGGGGAAAAUGUAAUUGUGUGCGUGUGUUGGCCGCAAAACAUUUUCCGCAUUUUCCGGGGAAAAGAUGGGACAGCAGCUCGCUAAAACAAAUGGCAAUCAAGUUGAAUUGUUGCACACGCACACAUAAGCGGGAGCGGGGCCGAGGGAUAAUACGUAGGGAAAAACGAGAGGAAAAUAUGUAUAGGGAAAAUAUGAGCAAAAUAAGUGCGGAAGCUGUCAGCCGCUGGCUGAAAUUUACUCAACUUUUUGUGAUUUAAUAAUGAAAUGAGAGUCGGCUUGAAUAUUCCCAUUAUGAGUGUGUAUUUGUAUGGAGAGUGUGAGUGUGAGUGUGAGUGUGAAUGUGUUGGUGCGUAGUACGCGAGUGUGAGUGUGUGUAUCCCCUUAUCCUGGCAUCCUGGUAAAUGGCUUCGCUUUGUAAUGUCUCAAUGGCUGACAAGCGACUGUCGAGCAACAGCUGGCUAAAUAAGUUAAACACUGCUAAAAACACUACAAAAAACACUGCUAAAAAAUGCGGCAUACAUCAGUUUAUCAAUGUCUUAAAAUGGCAGAACUCCAUUAUAAGAUCGUUUAGCUAAUUUCCAUUUAAUACAAAUAUUAUUUUAUUUAUAGCUCACUUAAAACUUUUUUAGAACUUAUUUAAACCAUUUUCUCAAAAAUAUUUUUAAAUAUAUUUCCAAAGUUUUGAUUCCAAAUAUCUCUCUGUGCCUAAUCGUGUCCAUUUAUUUUUAUAGUUUUCCCAGAAAUUCUAACUAAAAUGUUGUAUAUUUUUCCACUCGUUUCAUUAUAUUUCUUACCCAUUUGUUUGUUUGUUUUGACUGCUCUUAGGACCGCCAUUUUUCUCUGUGUUUUUGGCCAGAGCAAAUAGCCCAGCAUCUAGAAAAUUUUUGGCUUGCAGCCGUAUCUUUUCAUCAGUUGAUGAUGAUGAUGACUGCCGGGCGGCCGAGCGAGAAAUAAAAUUAAACAAAUACGAGAUAACAAGCCACUCCAGCAGCAGAAAUUCAAUUACAGCUGCUUCAGGUUGCCGGUUGCAAGUUGCAAGUUGCAUGUGGCCUCGUCUGUCCGAGUGUGUGUUUGUGUGUGUGUGUGAGCAGCACUCGAAGGACGAAGGACAUAGGAUUCGGUUGCCUUGGUGCUCUCUGCUUGGACCCCAGGGCACAUGACACUGGACCCCCCUGGCCACAUGCUCGAAUUGAUUUAAUUGAAAUUUUAUUCGACUCCUGCCCGAACGCCAUUGUGCAACAGUUGUCCUGCUGCAGAGUCCUUUGUGCAUUUGUUGCAUUUUAAUUAAGAGCCGCUUUGUGCUGCCGCCGCAACAAUAAAUCCAAAUCUAGCCGCAAAAUCUAAGCAACCCCCUCAAGUUUAUAUAUAUGUGGCCGCAAGGUUGUGUUCAAAAUAAUAGUAAUAAUCCCAAAGUGUAUCACAUUAUAUUUUGGUUUUCCUCCUUUUCUAAAGCUGUCAAACAAUAUAUAAGAACCAUUCUUUUUAACCCAAACAAUUUUAUGAAAGAACUUCACAACUUCUCUAUAAUCUUCUCGUUAAGUAAAAGUAAUCAUAUAAAACGAAUUCCACAUGUUUUCAAAUUUUUUUUUAAAAACUCUGGAACUCCUAUUAUUUUGAACACAACUGCAUAUAACCAGUUUGUUUGGUUCGUGUAUAAAGCAAAGUAAGCUAAUGCUAAAUUUGUAAUGGAAAUUUGUAAAAAAAAAAAACAAAGACAUAUAUUAAAAUGGAAAUCAUAGUUAUACAAAUGGACUCUACAAGAAUCAGAGCCAUUAAAGGUUGUUCAUAUGCUAAGCGGGAUAUAUCUCUCUAUAUGGUACUGUACUUAUAUCAAAAAAACCGAAAUACACAAUAAUAUUAUGUGCCAUUAUAAGCAGACCUAAAUGCUGAACGAAAAUAAAUAAGAUAAACUAGAGGAAAUGUUAUAGAAUCCUGGAAUCCUUCGACUUUUCACAUUCUGUAUAUAGUUUUGUUGUGGCUAAGAUCCAUUCAAAUGUGUAAUAAAUUAAGUUCUCAUUGCGUUGCUUUUAAAUUACAAUUACUUUAAGCCUAAGAAAUGUAUAUAAGACAGCUAAUAAAGAAAAGUUAAAGCUAAAAAUAAAAUGUAUAUAGCCAACGAGAAUAAACUGUAAUGCGUAUUUAGGAUGGAUUUAAGUAUCGAUCAAUGAAGUUCACCCAAAACCCAAACAAAAAAACAAAAAACUGAAGCUUAAUCAAAGUUCUCUCGAUAAUCCCCCUGAAAAAUGGAGAGCCGCUCUAUAUAAACCAGCAGUAAACGCAUAAAGUAAAGUAUAUCUUAUAUAUAUAAUAAAUAAACAAGCAUAUAUAUACAAGACAAAUUAUAUAUAUUAUAUGGUAAACGAACAAAUUCUACAAAUA